AUGGAGACCGUUGCACCCCUCUCCAAUGACAACAAGGUCGCCAAGCAAAUAAAUGAGCCGACAUGGGAAGAGGAAAAUGGCUUGAAGCAUGGCGAGAUCACCGAUGCCUUUGGUAACGAGGAGUAUGCCGAGAUCAAGUAUAAGACUUUGACAUGGUGGCAAUGUGGUUUGCUGAUGAUUUGCGAGUCUGUUUCGUUGGGUGUCCUGUCUCUACCCUCUGCGAUGGCUACUUUGGGUCUUGUUCCUGGUAUCAUUUUGAUCAUCGGCCUCGGUAUUCUUGCCACAUACACCGGAUACAACAUUGGAUUGAUGCGCGAACGCUAUCCCCACAUUCAGAACCUUGGAGAUGCAGGUGAGAUCCUGCUGGGUCCCAUUGGUCGUGAAAUCUUCGGUAUUGGUCAAUUCCUCUUCUGCAUUUUCGUCAUGGGAAGUCAUCUCUUGACCUUCCGCGUCAUGUUGAACACCGUGACCGACCAUGCAACCUGCUCCAUCGUCUUCAGUGUCGUCGGCUUGAUCAUCUCCCUCGUUCUGUCCUUCCCGCGUACUAUGAAGGGCAUGACCUGGAUCUCGUUCUUCUCUUUUAUCAGUAUCUUCAGCGCUGUCAUGAUCACCAUGAUCUCCGUCGGUGUGCAGGACCACCCAGGCCGUGUGAUUGACGCCACAGUCUCAAACGAUCUAUACACUGCCUUCCAAGCCGUUUCCAACAUUGUCUUCGCCUACUGCGCUCACGUCGCUUUCUUCGGUCUGAUCUCUGAGAUGGAGAAGCCCCAGGACUUCAAAAAGUCCCUGUUCAUGCUGCAGGGUUUCGAGAUCUGCCUCUACCUUUGUGCCUCAAUCGUCAUCUACUACUACGUCGGUAGUGAAGUCGAAGCUCCAGCCCUGAAGUCCGCCGGUCCUCUGAUGAAGAAGAUUGCCUUCGGUAUCGCCAUUCCCACCAUCAUCGGUGCCGGUGUCGUCAACGGCCACAUCGGUCUCAAGUACAUCUACUUCCGCCUCGGCCACAAGUCCGGUCUCAUCCACCAGAGCAACUGGCGCUCGAUCGGUCUCUGGCUCGCACUUGGUGUUUCUUGCUGGGUCGUUGCCUGGAUCAUUGCCGAGGCCAUCCCCGUCUUCAGCGACCUGAACGGUCUGAUCAGUGCCCUCUUCGCUAGUUGGUUCAGCUACGGUCUUAGCGGUAUCUACUGGUUGCACCUGAACAAAGGCCAGUGGUUCGCUGGACCCCGCAAGAUCGCCCUCUUCUGCCUCAACAGUUUCAUCGCCCUAAUUGGUCUGAUCCUUUGUGUAUUGGGACUUUACGCUUCUGGUACUGCCAUUCAUAACGAUGCUUCCAAUGCCAGUUUCACUUGCAGGAACACUGACUCCUAG